AUGAAUACUACAUUGAUGAUCCCCUCUUCAAUCUCAUCAAUCAAAGGUUUUUGCUCUCACCAUCAUCAUAAUAACGUACCAAAGGUAAAUAUUUGUGAUGAUUUUGCUCGAAAUAUCUUGCCGCCUGCGACGAAUAUAUCUUCGACGCUUUGCGUUGAUCGGAACGGGUGCUGUAACUUCACCUCAGUGCAGUCGGCUAUCAAUGUCGUUAAUGAUUCCAGCCAGAUGAGAACCAUCAUUUGGAUUAAUAAGGGCGUAUACUUUGAGAAGGUAACAAUCCCAAAAACAAAGGUGAAUAUAACACUGCAAGGGCAAGGCAUGGAGUCCACGGCAAUAGUGUGGAACGACACGGCCAAUUCUUCCGGUGGCACCUUCUAUAGCGCAUCGCUAUCGGUGUUUGGAGCCAAUUUCAUCGCAAAGAACAUAAGCUUCAUGAAUGUGGCUCCAAUAGCAAAGCCCGGCGAUAAGGGAGCUCAGGCGGUGGCGAUACGGGUGGCCGGCGACCAGGCGGCCUUCUGGGGUUGUGGGUUCUUUGGAACUCAGGAUACUCUACAUGAUGAUAGUGGAAGGCAUUACUUUAAGGAAUGUUACAUUCAGGGUUCCAUUGAUUUCAUCUUUGGGGAUGCGAGGUCGCUAUAUGAGAACUGCCAGUUGAUUUCCAUGGCCUCGCCGGUACCGGCGGGAUUGAAGCUGAUCAAUGGCGCCGUGACCGCUCAUGGACGUGUUUCGCAGGAUGAGAACACCGGCUUCUCCUUCGUCAACUGUAACAUCGGUGGCACCGGCCGGAUUUUGCUCGGCCGCGCAUGGCGUCCCUUCUCACGUGUCAUCUUUGCUUUCACCUCCAUGACUGAUAUUAUCUCUCCUGAAGGAUGGAAUGACUUCAACGAUCCCUUAAGAGAUCAGACUGUCUAUUAUGGAGAAUACAAAUGCAGUGGUGCAGGUGCUAACCAGACCUUGCGAGCUCCUUACGCUUUGAAGCUGAAUGAUACACAAGCUGCUUCUUUUCUGAAUUCUUCUUACGUUGAUGGAGAUCAGUGGCUACAGCCUUACAGUUAA